AUGGUUGGAUCCUAUUCCAAGAAGCGCAAGGUCGCUGAUGGCAUGAAGGGCAAGACUGCCCGCCCAAAGAAGUUCCGCAAGCAAACCACCUACCACAGCUCAGAUGAUGAAGAAGAAGGCACCAACUUCUCAGCUGUCAACCUUGCCGAUUCAGACGACGAGGAUGGAGUUGUCUCUGUGAAUAAGACUCCACUUGGAGAGCGUCGCCCGUCAAAGAAAUCGAAAACCGAAACCACAUCCAAGUCCAAAUCCACCACCAAGAAAGAUUCCAGUGACAACGAAGACAACGAAGACAACGAGGAUCACGACGACGACGACGAAAAUGAUGCUUCUGGCUCUGAUAUUGAAUUUGACGACGACGAGUUCCUUUCCGACGAUAUGGACGCCAGUGAAAACGCCGGUGGCAAGCGCCGAGCCGUUCCCAAGCGCAACGAUCCUACCGCCUUCUCAACCUCUAUCUCCAAAAUUCUGGCUACCAAACUUACAUCUGCUGCCCGAGCUGAUCCCGUCCUGUCCCGAAGCAAAGCUGCUGCCGACAAAACUAGCGAUACCGCCAAUGAGAAGCUCGACAAUGCCGCCCGAGCUAAGAUGCGCGCAGACAAGAAGGAAGAGCUGGAUCGUGGCCGUGUCCGUGAUGUGAUGGGUAUUGAAAGAGGACUUGCUGGCCCCGUGGCUGAAGACGAGAAGCGUUUGCGCAAGAUGGCGCAACGUGGUGUCGUGAAGCUGUUCAAUGCUGUCCGAGCUGCGCAAGUCCGGGGAGAAGAUGCCGCGAAGGAUGAACGCAAGAAGGGAACAGUCGGUAUGGGAGAGCGGGAGAAGGCUACCAACGAGGUCAGCAAGCAAGGAUUCCUUGAGCUCAUCAACGGCAAGAAGGGAAAGCCUUUGAACAUCGAGGAGGCUUAA